GCACCGACAUUUGCCCCUUGUUUACCGGUAAGUGUCAAGACCCCACCCGGCACGGGUGGUUUUUCGGGUGGUGUUGCAUGGUGCUACAGGUCUAGACAUCUAAAGGUGGCAUAGUGGUUCCUUCGGAUCGCCCACAAAUGGCUGGCUUCGAUCAUAACUAAUGUACCUCUCUCUUGUUUGAAGAUUGCUCCAUCCUCUCCGCUCUUGCACCAGGACACUCGCCUUCCGCCCAAGACUUCAUGUCUCAACGUUCUGUAUGCCUAGGUUCGGCUAACGUCUACUAGAGUCGUAGACAAUUUUCGCUAAAAGCGGACAUUACUUCACCUGUGUCGCCAGUGCCUUGCGAAGCUCGCCCUGAUUCAUGCAGGAUAACCGCAGCGGUUUUACCAACCGAGUUCUCGAGCACCACGAUAUCAGGAGCAAAGCAGUUUGUAUUGUUCUUCAUCCCGUGAUGCCCCUUGGAUGAAGGAAACUUUUAUAAGUGGUAUGGCUUCCUAGGAAUAGUGAAUCACCUACACUAAGUCUAGAUUUCGGCAAGAAUUUCGACAGAUUCCGGGUUUCGCUGGCGGUCCCAAGGUGGAAUUUCAGAUAUAAUCUCCUCUUUCGCACCCGCCAGUCCUGACAAUCGCCUGGACUGAGAGAAGAGAUCUUCUGGUGGUCGAUUGAGCUCGACCCAAAUCUAGUGAAAGAUACUACAAAUAAUCUGGUAUGUGGCAAACUAUCGUCUUUGACUAAGUACUGGUUAAGCUGAUGAAAACCGAUCCUAGUAUACCAAUAUCACAUCGCUUCAUCAUGGACAUCUAUGCAUACUCCGGAAAAGACACCUAUGUGAUAAACUCGCUUUUCACGAUGCCAACAGACUCGGGCGGGAUCCGGGCAUCGGCCGUGAGCAACAAAAGGGCUCAUUUCCUAGUAGCUUUCUGUACUAUUUAUACCACAUUCACUUUUAUGGUAGGAUGGGAGUUGGUGCGAAUGCUGUUUAUAGCAUUCACGGGAGAGGUUCAUGGUGGAUGGUUGGGCAGAGUUUUCAACCUUUGGAAGAUUGGUUCGUUGAAUGUUGCGAUGGCUAUGCUGAAAUAUUCCCAAGAUGUGAUGUUGUAUCUUCGGAAGACUCCUGAGGAGAAGAGACGCCCGGAAAACGUUCCAAAAUGGCCAGUAUAUGAGGACCGGUGUUCUGAUCAACUGGUAACCCAAGUUCAGAGCGGGCAGCCCGGGUUGGGUUUGGACAGCGUUGGCCAGCGAGAGGUAACCAACGGGGGACAACGCGCCGAAGCCCAAAAGUUAUCCUUAGAAAAGAGAGGGGCCACCGACCGAGAGAUCACCGACACAGGGAUUCCCGAUGCUGGGAUACCCAACAAAGAGAUUCCAGGGGUUAGAGAUCUGGUUUUGUGUUUUCUACUUUUUUCUGUUUCUUUCAGCUUAUACCUUACGGAUUUCGCAAUGGGAAUUAUCGUGGGCGGAAAACUGAUCGUGGGAAAUGUCGCCCCAGCCAAUCCUGAUAAAGUCUUUUAUCCCGAUAUCGACACCCUUGAGAGACAAGGUGACAACACUGGCCUUUUAAGGGUGAAAUCAAUGAAAAUUGAUUCGGCAUUUCGCGCAAUGGCAGCCACAGAAAGCCCUGAUCCCCAAGCCCGACGCAAGCGAGUCAUAAUAGAAACAGCGGAUUCACCGGAUAGGCAGACAGCAAGCCUCUUGUCAAACCUAAACUACAGCUACAAUGUUACCGGAGUUGAUAUGGGAUUACAGAGUGAUCCGAAGUUGAUGCUCCGAAUCAAGGGUGCGUGUCGCACAGAAUAUACGUGGCUGGUAAACACCACCGAAGAGGGAGAUACCUAUAGGCUUUGGGGUGGAAAUGAAACCUAUCACAUAAAACCCAUUGCACAACCAACAACCCCGCCAUGGUUGGCUUUCUUCCACGACGAAAAACAGAUACUCGACCGAUCUCCAAACUUCUCAUAUGCCAUUAUUGCAAACACCGCCGGCCGUUACAGCUACACCGCCAGCCAGGACCCUUGGUAUUCGACUAGGGAGACUCAAGCUAACGAUACCCUUCCACAUCAAGUCCUUCCAAAUCGACCCGUUCUUAAUUGCUGGGAAACAAAGACAUGGCAUCUUGGUGGUAAAGAUGUGGACAGCUGGCGGCUAAAUUCGUUACCUAAUCUUAAACUACACAACCUCUGGUCAGAUACAGUCUUUCCUCUGGAGUUCGAGCUGCCGCGCAUAGUCAGCCUAGGUAGGGCCUUGGGGAUAUCUUCACUCAGAAUGGCUUCAUAUGCGUCGGAACCAUUUUAUGUUAUUGAUGCAGGUUCGGCUAGCAUGCACGGUGAUUUCAAGCGACUGGUGCUGGGUAGUUGGAUUAGCUCUCGGAAUGUGCUGCGGGAUACAACCACAUACAAUCACGGAAAUAUGGUUAACCUCGCCCAGGGAGGGGGAGACUCUGUCAAUGCUUCAGCUGCGAGAUUUGUCAUCCAAAGUAAGGAUGUUAGCACCAUAUCCGUCCAUCUCCUGUAUUCUGUUCUGUGUGCCUUCUGGUCUAUCACCGCCGCACUGGGCCUCUUGAAACUUUGGACCCAAAAGCACCACGAGGGUGUGGCUGCCUGCCUUAAGGCGAGAAUGGCGCCACCCAGUUGGGGGAGGAAGAGGCUACGUUAAAGUGGGUGGGACUCAGUUUGAAGUUGUAGAAGGUCCCCGGCAAAGGACAGUGAGUUGUAGUUGGUUGUGGAGCCCUCGGUAAUGGUGGACGCGGUUUUUCUUGCUUUGAAGUUAGCGUGAUUUACGGAGCAGUCUCUCCAUACAUGUCUUUCCUUUAACAUCGCUAGUGUGUGUGUAUAUGGAGGGUUAGGGACAUGCAUGAAGGAGAAGAGAGAAAUGUGAUGAUCCAUGGAAGCAUUUGGAUACUUUCGUUAUGAUUUAUUUAUAUGCCUGUCUUUACCACAUGUUUGCAGAAGAUGCCGAAAGGGAGUGCGAAAUUCCCGACUAUGCCCUUCCUAUUGUUCCUCUGUACAGUACCGGUCAAAUACCAGUCUAGUCCCCUCACUAUACGGGUUCUCAAUUUAACCUCCGCCACAGAUCCUACAAUGGCCCCGCCCGAACUACUUAGAAUGGGAGAAGAUGGGGAGGGAGGGUGUUGCUUUUACUCUAUUUUGCCUCGGCUAAGAGGCACAGCGCCAGGGCAAUCAGAGGGAUAGGAAUGUGCCCGUGAGCCACAGUGCCGGUAUUGGGGAAACCGGCUAACUGUCAGAUUCCCGACCAGAGAACUAUCAUAGCUAUUGGUCCGUUAGUGUUGAAAAUCACCGGUACUCACAUGGACGGCUGGAAGCCCUCGGGUCAAAAUAUUUCUUUGUUAUAUCCUUAGCUUAUUUGCAGUUUUGUUUCUUU